CUUUCCUUUCAGCACAAAUGUCCGUUUGUAAAACAGCAGGGCUGGCGUCUGCAGGAUUUGCGGGCUUCAGUCCUGCAGGAAGUGCGGGAGGCUCAGAAUUUCCAACGUGUUCACCUUAGAGCCAGCCUGGGCAGCGCCAGCCUACCCAGUAAUCUGAGUGCCCGCAGCGUCAGCAGCUACACCGAGGGGGAGGAAUAGAAAUUUUUCAUCCAUAAUUCAGAAGCUAAGUAAAUAACAAAAUGAAGCCAGUAAAGCAUCUGUUGACCUCUAGUAGUAAAUUGGUAAACGUUCCAGAAUUAACAUUUAAAAAAGGACUAUUUAAUUCACCAUUGUCACCUAAACCAAAGGAAAAACAUAGUGCAAAAUUAGCACGUGAGAAACUUGAACCGAUGGUCUUAAAAUCUCCACCAACAGGAGAAUCCAUUGUAAGGUAUGCUUUGCCCAUUCCAUCAAGUAAGACAAAGGAGUUAAUAGCAGAAGAUGAACUGAUCAGGAAAAUUACCAAACAUCUGAAAAUGGUGGUUUCUAGUUUGGAAGAAGCAUAUGGAUAUGGCACUCAAAAUGGAGAAAAAGCAGUUGUGAAGCCUGAACUUGAAGGAUUAACCUCUUCUGUUGGGGAUGAUCUGACUUCAUUCUUAAUAUGUUGUUCACAAUUUGCAACUCAGUUAGAAGCAGCAGCUAAGGAAGAACAUAAUAUUUUGGAAUCUCUGUUUAAGUGGUUUCAGCGACAGGUCAAUCAGAUGGAAGAGAUAAGCAAAGAUCAAACUUUUUCAGAAGCAGAAUUUCCAACUCCUGAUAAAACAGUCAGUUUAAGCAUCGCACAAAUAGUAAAGCAGGUACACAAACUUGAGGAACUGAAAAAUCGCCUUAAAGAAGGGUCUAAAUACACCUUCAGAGAACUGUUGUCUAAACCCAAGGAUAGGGAAAUGCCACCAGAAGAUGUGCAAACUUAUGAAACUGUGAAGCAGAAAAUUGAAGAAUUCAUAAAAACACAGUCAACUGAAGAAAUUACAGGUGUUUCUGUGACUGAGCCACAAACUUCUCCUGUAACUAAUCAAUUGAAUACCAUGUUGAAAAUAUUUGAAAAUCAGGCAAAUAAAUUAGAAAGAGCUAUGAAUGAUCAACUGAUGUUAGAGGCUAAAUACACACAGAUUCAAAGUAAUCUCCAAGUAUUAUCAGAGGAGAAAUUAAUGCUGGAAAAUGAACUACAGAAGUUGAAAAGUACAGAGAAAACAAAGGCUACAAGUGAGCGAACAAAGAAAAUUAUGAAAACAGAGAAGAAAAAGGACAAAGGAAAAUCUGAAGAUUCAGAAGCGAAGAAGUCUGUAGGGAAAGAGCUUAAAGUAAAAGAAAAUGUGCCUCAAGUCCAGAAAGUAGCACAUGCUCUGGAAAUUGAGAACAAAGUUCUUCGGGAACAACUGAAACAAGCUUUACAGGAAGCUGAAAGAGCUAAGCAGCAACUUGCCUAUUUCCUAAAUCAAGAAAAGGAGUUACUUACAAGUGAGGCAAAGACCAAGACAACCACAGAAAUGGGUACUGGUAAAUUAAAAGUUAAAGGUGAAGAUUCAAAAUAUAUACCAUUGGAAAAUGAAACAAGAAAAGCAGUAGUGGGAGAUGCAGGUGGACAAAAAACAAAUGAUAAAAUUACACAUCCACAGAUCCUCAAGUCUCAAGAUGGAUCACCUUUUUUAAAGACUCCAAGUGAAGGUUUAACUGAUGAAGAUCUGUCCCAUAUACUUUCAUCAAAGAACUAUGAUAAAACAUUCACAACAAUGUUAUGGCAUGAAGAAAUUAAAGAUGCACAGUCUGUUGGAAAAUUGCUUCAAGGGAAUGAAAUGUCUGCAGCAUCAUUUAUCUCACCCUCUGUUAAAAGAAGGAUGCUGGGUACUGACAUCUCAAAGGUGGCUGAUAUUAUAGAAGAGAAUUUACAAACUAAGAUUGAAAAACAAACUUACAAAGAAGCAAGAGAAUUUCAAGCUUCUGGUAAAGAAUUAGAUGAAAAUCCUCUGCUUAAGAAUGAAACACCAUCAGAAACUGAAACUCGGUUGUUGUAUCAGGGAACUACUAGAACAAAUAGACGCAAUGCUCAUGAUGAUGUAUCAGAUGAAAGUCCCAUGUUUAUGCAGCAAGACUUAAAGUUAGAAACAGGAAUUCAUGUAGAGAAAUCAAAAUCUUCUGAAUCUGAAAGUGUCAUGAAUUCAUCUAACAGUUUGGGACAUUCAUAUCCAUUUUUCUGA